CAUCAUUUUUGGGUUUAGAGCUUUGUGGGAUCAACUUUAAUUUGUUCAUCCCCUCGAGGUGGCCCAUCAGUGCUAGCUGAAAUAUAUCUCUACAGAAACUCCAUAUAUCUGAUGGUUGUGAAAAGUAGUUCAUAUUUUAUUCCAAACUUUGAUGGUUGCAUGUGGAAUUACAUUAAUUUCACCCCUUAAUUUGAGCAUUUCUUUUUCUUAUUAUAAUAAAAAUUAGUCCGAUUCGGUCCUACGGGGAGCAGCAUCACGAUGACGCAGAAUGAUUAUGCAAGCUUUGGGGAUGCUAUUCCACAAUUAGUGAUUAUUGUCAUCAUCGGAGCAACCGCAGUGGUACUCUUUAAAAUGAAUAUUAUUGAUGGCCUUGGAAUUUCUCGUGCUUGUUGGACGAUAAUGUUGUUCGGUAGUAAUGUUCUAUAUUCCACGGAAGUUAGUUCAUUAACUACAGCGUUAAUCGCAGUUCACAUAUGUGUGAAUUCGCUUGUACUGUCAUAUUGGAUAGUUGUAGAUGUUAAGGUGUACAAAAGGAAAAACGCAUGGCCUUCAAUGGAGCUACUGUUUGAAACUGGACUGUGGUUAUUUAUGGUUAUUUUGAGUUGGGUUGAAUUUCUGUCAAGGAGAUUGUUGAAGGGCAAAGAAUAUUUUCACGUCGUAUAUUAUUGUCAUCCAAUUGCAAUAAUAGCUCUUGUUUCUAUUAUUGAAAAGUAUUUGACAACAAAAAUGGAAAUUAGUGGAGAUAAGUUUUGGAAAUCAGAAUUGAUUGAAAAUGGGGAUAUGACCUUUGAUGAUUUAGUAAGAAUUUGCUCGAAAGAACCUCAAAAUGGUCAUGUAUCUAAAUUGGAUCAAAAGUUAAGGGAGCUCACAAAGAUGUUAUCUAUUGUAGUAGCUCAAAAGCACGAAGCUCUAAAAAAAGAAGAGAACAGGAGGCUCCGAGGCAGCAGAAUGGAGCCCAAGGUCGGGGCUCAAACUAAUAAUAAUGAUCAGGAAAUCGAAUCAAUGGAUCUCUAGAAGAUUUGCCUGAACUUCUCAUUUGGGUGGUUUUUUCUUUAAUCUGGAAUAAUUCUAUUUUAAUGGACUUGCAUAUACCUUUAUGGGAUGUGAGCUGUUAACAAAUCGGAUAUAAAUUAGUAGAGGUUGUUUCUGUUUGUUUGUUAA